AUGAAUAUAUGCAGCAACCCUGACUGGCGGAGAGCAGUUCUCAUCCAGCAACGAAUUAGUAACCAGGCUACACUUUUAUCGCAGACAAUAUUCCUUCUCGGCCUGACAACAGCAGCGCCAGGGUUAUACCGCCACAAUGAUACGGACAGCGCGAAUCGGCCGUGCUCUCUCAUCGAGUUCACCACGUGGGCCGCGUGCGAGCAGACGCAGCAUCAGCUGCUGUGUAAGGGCGGCAUCUCUAACCAGUGGAUGAAGGGGAUACAGCAUAAGAUCACAUCAUUCAUUUUAACGGAUUGGCCCGGCACCUGCCUCAAUAUUGGCCGGCUGCAGCAACAUUUCCCAGAGCUUCGAGCGCUGCACUUACUCAACUGCUCACUGCUACACGUGUUUAAAGGACACUUCGACGAAAGUAGUAGGAUAGAGAAAAUAGAAAUGCACGGUCUUACGUCACUAUGGGAGGUUCCACCCGAGAUAAUAGCCCAUAUGCCAGCUCUGAAGAUAUUGGAUAUCCGAAACAAUGUGCUGCGGCAUAUGAAGGCGCGACUUCUCAAGGAAUCUGCGCGAUUGGAGCACGUUUAUCUGAGCGAUAACAAAUGGGACUGCAGCGAUGGCGGGCUGGACUGGCUGGCGAUGGAAAGAGACAACGACACGGUUAAGAGGAAGAUAGUAGAUUACUACAAACUCAUGUGCCACCAGCAGCUUUACAGGGGCAAACCGCUGCAUAAAGUGAUGGACUUCAUUAGAAUGGUCCGCCACACCUGCCCAGAACCCUGCUCCUGCGUGAUGACGUACGUGGCGGAAGCCAAGCAUGGCGGACUGAUCCCCAUCAUCACAGCCAACUGCACGGGGAUGGGGCUCGCGCAGGCGCCGGACACCCUCCCGCCGGGCACCACCACCGUGCGGCUUGAUGGGAAUAAGAUCGACUCGAUAGGGACUCUGCUACAGAACUCUUACUAUAAGAAAAUUGCGGAUCUCUACUUGGACAACAACAGCCUUUCUACAGUGAAGGAGCUGGAGGGCUCGGAGUGGUUCAACACAUUCCGGCUGCUGAGUCUGAAAGGGAAUUUGCUCAAACAAAUUCCAGUCUACGCAUUCGACAAAGCGUUUCAAAGCAACAAUAACAUAAUGCAUGUGUUCCUCGGUGACAAUCCUUGGCGCUGCGACUGUCACUUCAUCCCGCGCUUCAAGACGCUGUUGCUCAAAUACAAGCGUGUUAUACAGGAUCUGCCUGACAUACGCUGCUCGCAGUCGGAUGACAAGACUUUAUCGCUUGUGCAGAUCAGCACAUUGCCUUUGGGAAGAGUCUGCCGUAGCGGCCCCGAGAUGCCUAUAAGCACCAUAAACAUAAUUAAUGUGACCCUGGCUACCCUUCUGUUUAUAGUCAUAGGGAGGUUUCUGUAUGACUGGCACAGUUUCAAGAACACGGGGAAAUUGCCAUGGAUAUCCUCUAUUUUACCUUGAUGAACGGAGGGCCUUACGCAGGCGAACAACACGCGAACGCGAAGCGAAGCGAUGCGGCGCGGGGUGAAUCAAUCCUUUGAUACCUAUAGAAGUGUCCUACGUGGGCGAUCUCGUUGCGAACGCGAACGCCGUGGGCCCGCCGCGCCGCACCGCUUCGCUGCGUUAGAGUAGCUAGGGUCAGAAUCAGAUGGCACUAAUGAUUUAGUAUAGUUUUUUGAGUAGACUUAUGGAUUAUAAAACUGUAAUAGACUUAUGGAUCUUGAUGUCAAUUCUGAUUUACCAAUUUGAUAUGGUUUUGAUCUUGUUAUAAAAAUUAAAAAUAGAAAUAGAUGCAUGUCACGCGCUUCAAUCCGCGUGAAGAUCGUAUCAUAACCAAAUCAAAACUGAAACAAAUUAUUAAAUCAGAAUCGGUUUCCUUGACGUGUCAUUUGUCAUUUUACGUUUUGCAUUUUGCUGAGUGAAUAUAAUAUUCAUACUUAUACGUACUAUAUCGGGUGGAACAGAAUGAGGGACUUUUAUGGAAACGGGGAAUUGUUUAGGCUACGUAC